CAUCGAUCCCGCUAGCACGCGCACGCGCCACCGACGAAUUUAGCCGACCGCCACCACCACCGGCGGCGCGCGACGACGACGGCGACGACCACGACGCCGCGUCCCUACGCCGGAGCGUCGGUGCCGAGCGACUCCCGGCGUCCGCUCAACAAGUGUCUUCUGUAUUGUUGUGCCCGCUAAACCGAACACAACGACCGUUGCUCGGCGCCGAUCGCGGGUGCGCUCUCUUUUUUUUUCAUUUCCAUUUACCUCUUUUUCUCUCGUCGUUUUCUCCCACCCCCAUCCGCCCGUCCUAUCCACCGUCCGCGUUUCGCUCGCCACUCCUCUACCCGGUUCCCGUCCAUCCAUCCACGCGCCCUCUCGCUCGUUCGCCCGCCAUCUCUCUGUCCCUGUCCACGUCGCUGUCUCUCGUAACUCGUUCUGUCCGCGUCUGUCCCGCACCUCCCCAAACCCGUCCCCGAAUCGGCCCGGAAGGAGACGUCGUCCCGAGCAUCAAGAGGAAGCGGAAACCGUCGGACCAUUUACGAUCGCGGCUUGGGCGUGUAACUACGCUCGGACGGCGGCGGCAACGACGACGACGACGACUUCGGACGACUUUGGACGACGCAGGUCCGACGAUAUCGCGGUUGUGUCACCGGUGGACAAGACGGUGGUCAGCAGCAUUUACUCCUCACGUCGUCCACCAUACGGGCCGAACCAGACUUGGCUAGCGAAUAAAAGUCUUCCGCUGCGAAGAGACUUCUGUAGUUGCAAACAGGACGAAAAGUUCAGCCUGGGCGAUAAGCAACACACCUGUACGAUCGUCUGUCGGCUGCCCGAGACGGCGAUCGAGUCGGACGGACUAUCGUAGUCAUUACGGCAAUAAACAAUAUUAUAAGAAUGAUAAUUAGCAAUAUUAUAGUGAUAACGGAACGUCUGAGUUGAAUUUUUUUUAAUUUUUUUUUUCCCUCCCCCGAAUGAACGAAAAGCAAUAAUACAUUAGGCAUAUAAACUAUUAUAGUGUGUACGGUAUACAUUAAUAUAAUAAUCAAUAGAGACAGCAUCUGCAGAGCGAUAAUCGAUUAGUGCUCAAGUCAGUGUUCAGAUCUGAUUUUUUUUUUUUAUAUUUAUAUUAUAUAAUAAGAGAAUUUUUUUUCUCACUUUACCUCGACCGCGGUUUUACUCCAUCACCAUGCCCCGAUACUACGCGGUAAAGAAACUGGGACCAAAACUGAUGUUACACCAACAACAGCAGAACCAGCCACAGCAGCAGCAACAGCAGCAACAAAUAAUAAUUCUACAACAGCAACAGCACCAGGUGGCCAUGGACGAGCUGGACGAUGACGAGGGAUGCUGCAGUUCCCGAUCCGGUACCGAGUCUCCACCACCGUUCACCGAUCCCACCUCGGUGAAACUCUACAAGCCUCUGGAAUCCGUCACCAUGUCCAAACACAAAGAUUACUUGAAGUAUUGUUACGAGCUGGAACAAAAACAAAACUUGUUCAGGGAGCGAAGCAAAGAAGAAACGGAAGCCGCUCAUGACUUGCUCGAACUCUCCAGAUCGUUGCCGCCACUGCCACCACCGAGCACGGUGACCGUCGCCGCGCCCACCCCUCCUGAGACGCCCCUGAGCUCAGGGGUGGGUGAUGGGUGCCCGGCUUCGCCACAGUUCGUCUACGUGUCCGCCGCGGUAUCCGCCGCACCGCUUACACCACCCGCUUCAGAGUACUCGUCGGAUGCGGAGAAUACGCCAGCGGAUGCGGGCGGCGGUACCGCGAACGCACAAGCCGUCGUGGUGGCCACGGCCACAGCCACCACCACCGUCUACAGUCUGAUUGAUUACGUCAUCGAGAGGGGUGACGGUGGCACGUUCGACCCGUUGCUGACCAGAGACUUGAACGUCAAGGCUGGCAGGACGACAACGACGACCGCGGAACACCGCCGGUCGACUUCCACUACCACCACCACCACAACCACUCAGGUCGUGGUCGGAUGCAGUUCCGGGAACAAAGCCCGUUACACGUGCACCGACUGCGGAAAGCACUACGCGACGUCGUCGAACCUGUCACGGCACAAGCAGACGCACCGGAGCCUGGACUCGCAGUCGGCCAAGCGGUGCAACGCGUGCGGCAAGGCGUACGUCAGCAUGCCCGCGCUCGCCAUGCACCUGCUCACGCACAAGCUGUCGCACGCAUGCGGCGUGUGCGGCAAGAUGUUCAGCCGGCCAUGGCUGCUGCAGGGCCACCUGCGGUCGCACACCGGCGAGAAGCCGUACGCGUGCGCACAGUGCGGCAAAGCGUUCGCGGACCGGUCCAACCUGCGCGCGCACAUGAUGACCCACUCCGGUGACAAGAACUUCGCGUGCCACUGGUGCCGCAAGUCGUUCGCGCUCAAGUCGUACCUGAACAAGCACCUGGAGGCGGGCUGCGCGCCGGCCACCGCGGUCGCUGCCGCCUCGUCUCCGCCAUCGCCGUCGUCGCCGCAGCAGCCGCAGCAGCCGGACGACCGGGAAACGGCCACCCGGGGCGGAUAACGUCGUCAAGCGGCGCCGCAGCAGCAGACGCCCCGGCGGACGUCGGUCAUACGGUUCGCCGCCGCCGCUGCAGCCGCCGAUGCCGCCGAUGACACCAUAGUGUUGUCGGACUAAUAACAAUCGACGUCUUAGUAGGAAGUCGACGACCGAUGCAACCGCCUCCGCCGCCGAAGUAACAAUUUUUUAAAAAAAAUAUCAUAAAGGUUUUUGAUUAAUUUUUUUUUUUAUUCAUCACCCCCCGAAAAACACGGAACAGACAACUGUGACACCAAAUAUAAAAUAAUCAUAUUAUUAUUUUUAUUAUUGUAUUAGUGGUACAACUAUGGUAUAAUAUUGUUGUAUUUAGGUUUUAAUAUCAAUAUCGGUUAUUAUAAUAUAAAAUUAAGGACAUAUAGAUAUUUAAGGAUAGGUUUUACGUAUUUUUUACUAUACAUUAUAGCUAAUAGCAGUAUUAUCGCCUAGUCAUUAAGAUAACGCAAUAUUAUUAUUAUUAUUAUCAUUAUCAUCAUCAUCACCACCACCAUCAUAACCACCACCAUAACCACAACCAUAACCACAACCACAGCCUGUGCCUAGCAGUUGUACCUCUAAGCGCGCGCAAUUUAUUUACCGGUACACCUAAAUCAUAAUAAUAUUGUUAUAUAUAUAAUAUAGGUAGUGUGUUUUGAAACGAGCAAUAAUAUUAUUAAUGUUAUAUUAUAUACAUUAAAAACAGUGUUAGGCUGAUAUUAUAUUUUUAGAGAAUCUUUUUUUUAUCGUCAUAUUGAUUAUUAUAAUAUAUAUUAUAUUUAUAUUUAGCGAUCCUCGUCGAGGUAUGUAUGUUUAAUGCGGAUUUUUUUUCUACGACAAUUUUUACGGUUUGACGAUAUAAUAUAGUUAUAAUACUCGUAUAUCAUUAAAUCGAUAUUACGAUAAUAAUAUUAUUAUUGUGCCCGUUCGACAGCGGUUGCGUUCGAUCGACAAUAAUAAUACUAUAAUAUAUAACGAUAAACGGUUUUAAUUUACGAUUUUUUUUUAACAAUAUUAUAUUAUGAUUUUCGAGCCGUUUUUGAAUUUUGACUAUUGGGCGGAUAUAAUAUUUUGAUGAUUGAACAAUAUUGUAUGAUAUUCAGGAAAAUAUUUGCUCAAAUAUUGCAAGGUGAACAUACGUAAUAAAAAUAUAUCAUGUUUUUUCUCAUUUUACUUUUUUAUACAAACCUAUAUAUUUAUAUAUAUAUAUUAUAUAUAUUAUACGCGCGAUGAAUGUUUAAAAUCCGUUCGGUGCAAUAUAUUGUUGUGUAUCGCUCGAUAGUUGAAAAUUGAAAUCCAACAGAGAAGUUUUAUAAAAAAAAUUGUACUCGUACACGUGGCAAAAGUAUAAUAUAUUUAAGCAAGUCGUAGUAUUUCGAUAAAACAUCCAUACUAUAAUGAUAUAAUAAUAUUAUUACUACCAUUAUCAGCAUCAUACCACUCGGCGGGUAUCGAUUUCACAAAAAAAAAAAAACCAACAAAAAAUUAUGUACAAAUAUUUCAUUAGGGUAUAUCAUUAUUACUAAACAUUACAUUGUAUGAACAAAACAAAAUAGGAUCGAAUAAUACGUUAGCAGGCUGUGAUUUUAAAAUUUAAACUGACUGUGUGAACGAUUUUCGUGCUAUAUCGAAAGCGGUUUCAAUUUGAUUUUGACACAAAAGUUUCCAGGAUAAAAAAAAAAAUACGAAAAAACGCAUUUGUUUAGCAAAAUUUUUAUUACUCAUAAACUUUUACGAUAGUGUAUUACUAUAGAGUGAUUAAAUUAUUAUAUUAUAUACAUUUUACCAUUUUUAAAUUUAAUCAAAGGCUGAGUACAAACAUAUUAUGUAUAAUAAUAUGUAUAUAAUAGAUAUUAUAGCAAAUAACAAUUAGGUAUAGGUAGGUCCGUCCUUUCCUGCUGUCGAAACGAUUGUCUGAAAAUUGUAGGUGACCUCCCCCCCCCCAACCAUAUAAUGGGGCGUAGCAGUGAACACCGAACUUGUUCGAAACGCGGUCGCUUGAUGUUCGAUUAAAAAUAAUAUUUUGUAUUUUACACCCCCGAAAUGAGAAUUUUCGGAAACGUUAUUGGUCGUCGUCUCGAAAACGAAAAUUUUUAUGGGCCUCGUCCCAAGCACACAUUGUCAUCUCGAGUGUGGCGCGUUUGAAAGGCGUUCAGUGAAAUCACGUGGUCUCGAAGACGACGAGGGACGUCGUUAGAAAGAAGUUUACGAAACUGACGACUUUAAUAAUAAUUAUUAUUAUAUUUAUAUCAGACCAAUAACAAUUAUUGUCGUUAUACUCCUCGGAGCAGUAUCGUCCGAAUUAUCGAUCCGAUCGAGCGCCGAAAUAAUAUUCGCUAUCGAAACCUGCGGCCGAAAAUGUUAUAUUAUUAAAUUGUUAAAGGUCACGAAAACCUGCGACCGCGCCGCGACGUAAUUGUUUCCGAAGACGAGAACAAUAACAUUAAUAAUAUUGUUCCAUUAUCGUAAUUAUUAUUGUUAUUAUUUCGUUCCUAGAAAUUGAAUUCCCGUCGGGGCGGCGUUGGCGCCACCGCCCAGAGUGGAUGGUACGUUGAACGAUGACGAUACGACGAGCGCGAUAAAAAAAACGCACAGACCGCGGCUGCUUUUUAUUUUGCAAUUUUUUUUUCGUCUCCAACACUUCCUCCUGGAAAUCCGAGCGCACAGUGUCUUGCAUUUUAUAUUGCGUCGAUAAUUGCAUUUUUUAUCGGUCGUUUUUUUUUACCGCGUCUGAGUCCACACAAUCGCGUAAACAUAACCGAUACAAUAUAAUAUCAUAAUAUCAUCUGUCUAUUGUCGUGACGACAAUAAUAUGUUUUCGACAGUCGUUAAGACGUGUUGGGCCGGGCCAUGCUCUGCAGUGGUUAUAAUAAUAUGCCCGUCUCGGGGGCAGAUGAUUUCUCUUCGUUCGUACGCUGCCGCCCAAAAUAAUAUACCGUCAUUCCAUAGUUCCAUCAUUAUUAUUAAUAUUAGGUAUUAUUAGUAUGUUCAUCUCGAGAAUUCAGAAAAUCGUUGCCGACGACCAUCCGCAUCGCGUCAUCGAUCGACAGUAGUUGUAUUGCAAUACUUUAAGUGUACAUCACUAUAGACAUUUAUAAAAUUGUACGUAUUAUUCUAAGUUCCCGCGUUAUCAUUAUAUUUUGUAUUUUAGGAGUAAACGCGCGCAAUAGCAUACACACGAAGCUUCCAAUAUUUUAUAGGUACGGCACAGUGUGCUCGCCACGCGUUGGCGUAUAUAGAGAGACUUGUAAUAAUAAUAAUAUAAAUUAUAUAUUAUUAUUGUAAUAACUUUGGCAAUAUUAUCAUAACUUUAUAAUUAAUAUUAUAUGAAAUGUAGAGAGAGAGAGAUGAAUCGUAUUUUUUAGUAUUUUAUUCUCGGUAGUUUAAUUUAUAAUAUUAAAAUAUUAACUAUCGUAUUAAUGUAAUAUAUCAAUUUACAUAUACGUAUAUAUUAUCUUAUAUAUAUAUUAUGUAUAUACAUUGUAUUUGCUUUACCGUUUAUCAUUGUACUGUAUAUACCUAUUAUAAUAUAGUAAUGUAAUAAUAAUAUUAAUCAUUACGCAUUUAUACAAAGGUAAUAUAGUUUUAGGCGCGACGCGUAUAUUUUAUACCACUUUGACAUUGCGCGGUGUAAGCGGUAAUAACAUAUUAUUACCAUAAUCAUCAUCAUCAUCAUCAUCAUCAUCAUCAUAAUUAUUAUCAUUGAUUUUAAUAAUAUUAUUUUACAUUUAACUAAUAGAUAGGGUUUUGGAACAUGAUCUAUGAGACUAUAUUAUAAACCAUUUGUAUAACCACGAUUUGUAAUGCUCAAUACAAUUUUAAAUGUUUAGUUUUAUAUAUGACGCAACGAUAUAAUAUUAUUACUAUUAUUAUUAUUCUUAUGACAUAAUAUUAUACCGUACUGAGAACAAAAUAUACGUUCACCCGUUUUAGCUGUAAUAUUUAUCACAUUAUUGUAUCGUGUGUAAACGCGUCGUAUAUUAUGACCAGCCCAUAAUAGGACGCGCGUUAUCGCACCACCAUCGUCAUCAUUAAUAUUACUAUCAUUAUUAUUAUUAUUAUUAUUAUUAUUAUUAAGUAGAAAUAUUUAAGAAUUUUUUUAACAUAAUUUUUUUAGCGUAUUUUUACCGAUUUGUUUUAAUUAUUUUAAUAUACAUUAGUUUUUAAGUUGCGCUUUAGUCGUGUAUUUGUAAUUCGUAUGAUAAACUAUUGUAUAGGACCUAUUUGUGGCGAUCGCUGACGAAUGUUUAUAAGAUAGCCACUGGAGACUUAUAAUAUUGUUUGUUAUUGUAAUAAUAUCCUCCACGUCGGUUUUGGAUACACCGACGAGACGACGAUAGAGCCAUCUAAAUUAAAACGCAAUCGAACCUAAUCACGAAUCGGCUCGACGGUAAAACACUAUCGGGACAACAGUAAUGUCUAAUAAAAAUUGAUAACGAUCAACGCCGUCGGGUCGGUAUCAGGCUAGUCGCAAUAUGAUAUAAUUAUUAUUUAUUAUUUUAGCGGAUUUUGUAGAUCUCGGGGGUGACGCUCAAGUCCAACAAAAACAAUUUCAUGUACACCGUAGGUACACAUUAUUUAUAUAAUAUUAUACGGAGGGUGCCCGGAGGAGACUCCCUUAUCGUCGAGUGUGGACUUUCCGAAAUCGCCGACGAGCGUCAUCAAAACUUACUGUUUCUAUGGGUCUGCCACCUUUUCUGAGAUGACGUCCGUCCGACCCACCCGAGUGCUUCCGGCUGAAUAACUUAUGAUUUUUAUCACUUUUAUUCGCCAAGUGAAAAGGUAGAUUUAUGUAACAAAAUGUAAAGAAUACAAAAAUAUCAAAUAAUUUAUUCGUAGAAACCGUCGUGAUGUUCAGACGUAUCACACAUCAUUAUUAUUAUUAUUAUUAUUAAGCGUCUCGAUUUUAGAAGGACCCAAAGAAUAAUAUUGAAGUGCUUUCUGGAAAAACCAGACAAGUCCACUGUUUUCAAAAAUGAAUUUUUACGGAACGAAACUGCAAAGAACCGAUUGCCUUGUUCCAAUGACCGGAUUAGUCCGUUAUUAUAGUAUGAUAGUUGUGUUUUAUUUAAAGUAAUAGUAAAUAUAAUUUUUUCUUAAAAAAAAAAAAAAAUCAUAAUCGUAGGCAAACUUCUUCAAAUAAGUUCAAGUUAAUUUCGUUUUUAUGCGAUUCAUGUAGAACACAGUUGAUGAACCGACAUUCAAAAAUACACGUUCAGUAUGUCUUUCAUAUUAUUAUAUGCUUUGAAACCAUGCUUUCGUGUUUUUUGAUCAUUCCGAAAAUGUCUGAAAAUUGGAUUCGACUGCUUUUUGCAGCAAGCCCUUCAACUGAAUCUAUAUAAUAGACCCGCAGCACGCAACUCAAGUCCCUUACAACCGUAGACUUUGGGUGAAAUCAGGACUCGAGGUGGCAGCCCGUACGACAUUUUUACACAAUUUUUUUGAUCCGCAAUAACUACGUAGCAUUCUCAAUCGUCACAACGCCUACGGCUCCGAAAUUGCUGAUAAUUAUUGUUAUGGCAAUCAUAACAUAAUAUUAUUCGCGUAGGCCUUUUCGCUUGUUAUACACACAUAAUACAACCUUUUAAAGUGUUUUCGUCCUGUCCGAAUAAAAUUUCUCGCGCGUCCCAUAUAUUAUAUACCUACAUUUAGUCAUUUACGUCUGUAGUAAUUUACUCGUCUAUAGUCAUUUACAUCUAGUCAUUUACACGUCUAGUCCUUUACAUCUAGUCAUAUUUUACUCAUCUAGUCUCCUUUACUUGUAGUCGUAUUUAAAGUUAUCGGCGUGCGUGUACCACAAUAAAUGAAUGUAUUAUAAUAUUAUGUGUACGGCGCACGCGCGCCACGUGUAAUUACUACCACAUUACGAUAUUAUUAGGUAUUACUUCCAAUUCUUGUUUCGCGUUUGUUUUAAGUGUUUUUUUUUUUUAAAAAUUUUUUUUUAACCCUAUUUUUUCGUGUUUAUUCUUGUCGUUUAUUGUCAUCGUAGGGUUUCGAUGUAUUUUAUUUUUUAUAUAAAUACUGUAUAUUAUUAUAUCGCUUGUAAUUAAAAAAAAAAAAAAAAAUGUAAUAAUAAUAAUAAAACCACAUUGCAUAAUAAUAUUAUGAUACG